AUGUUAAAUCGCAACAUGAAUCAGCUUUUCCCUCCCAAACCGACCUUUACAGAAGAAAAUCUGCCGGAUCAAGCAGGCAGAGUAUUCAUCGUCACUGGUGGAGCAUUAGGCAUCGGAUUGGAACUCUGCAAGAUUCUCUACGGAUCCAAUGCCACAAUAUACAUUGCAACCCGCUCCAGCACAAAGAUCGCCGCAGCAAUCAAGACUAUCAAGUCCCUGCUUCCGUCAAGCAGAGGCCGACUCGAGUCACUCGUCCUGGACCUCGCAGAUCUGACAACAAUCAAGCCAGCAACUGAAUUGUUUCUCGCCAAAGAGACGAGAUUAGAUGUGCUGGUGCACAACGCGGGUGUCAUGAUGCCGCCGUCGGGAAGCAAGACCGCCCAGGACCACGAGCUGCAGAUUGGCACGAACGCACUCGGCCCAUACCUCUUGACGCGGUGUCUGGAGGAGAGGUUACGGGAUACUUCUCGACUGGGAGGGACGCCGAGAGGGAGUGUGAGAGUGGUCUGGGUCGCGAGUAUGAUCUCGCUCGGGGCGCCGAAGGGUGGCGUUGUUUGGGAUGAUGCCAAUGGUGCGCCGAAGCUCUCUGGCGACGCUAUGAGUGACUACAUGCAAGGCAAAGUCGGCUGCGUUUUUCUUGCGGAUGAGUUCGCCAAGCGGGUCAAGGAGGACGGCAUCGUCUCUGUGAGUGUGAAUCCGGGUCUGGUCAAGACAGAAUUACAGAGAUUUGCUCCGGCAGCGAUGGGCGCCGUCAUGGUAUGCCCCGAAAUCUAUGGUAUGCUUCUCGCCGUCACAAAGCUAAUCGAGGGCCAGGGUGUUAUUUUCAAAGGGGCCAGACACGGAGCAUACAGCGAGCUCUUCGCGGCGUGUUCACCGGACGUCUCGAUGGAAAAGUCUGGCUUGUACAUCAUCCCGUGGGGGAGAUUUGGCUGUAUUCCUGAAGAUAUUGCCGAGGGGUUCAAGGCGGGAUCAAGCGGUGGAAAGUCUUUGACAAGGAAAUUUUGGAACUGGUGUGAGAGGGAAACCUUGUCUUUUCAAUGA